AUGCGCGAUUUUGUCUUUGUCGGCCUGAAUCGACGCGUUGUCCGCAGCGGUGAUGCUCUCGCCGGCGUCGUGACGGUCGUCUGCCAGGGUGAGCGGUACCACGACAUUGCAGGCGACUCCGCUGCUGCGGUCAGUCCAGUCACGCCGACCGCUGCCGUGGCGUCCGGCUCGCUAUCACCCACGUCGCACCCAUCGUUGUCGUCAAUUCUACCAAGCGGCGGCAGCUCCUCUGGUCCUGCGCGAGCGAGUUCACCCGUGGCGCAGAGCUUCAGUGACGACCGCGUCGCGCACUACCAGCGCUACCACCGCUCGGCAGCCGCAGCUGCAGACGACGAUCCGAUUGCUGCUGCUGCACUGGCUGCUGCUGCGGCGGCUGCGGCGGCUGCGGCGGCUGCGACGGGCUCCGAAUCGGCGGUCGUCCCGCUUUGGCCGAGCUCUGCCAACGCAACCACCACUGCUGCUGAAGAUGCGACCGUCGUUGAGCUGUUUGUCCCAUCGAACAAUGCUGCACAGGCCGGCACAAGCACGUCGUCCGCAGCUCAGGGUCGAGACUUCAACCCUUCGGAUGGAACAAAGGUUUCGUCCACCAACAAGGAUUCUGAGACACUCGACAAUUUGACCAGAUCGACGUCUCGUAUGGCACUCAGCCAAGUCGCAUCGCAAGCUGUCGCUGCUGCAGUCACGCACUCGCUGGAAAUUCAAGUGGUCGGGCGCGAGAUUGCCUGCUGGCACGACUACGUCCCUGUCGAUGAUAUUGGUGAUUCGCGCCGCGUCGUCGCGGAACGCGUUUUCUAUCACCAAACGCACUCUCUCUGGUCUAGAACAUUGAACGACGAAACAAAGGAUCCUCUCUUGCACAGUGGUACAAGCACAGUGUUUCCUUUCGAAGUCCCGUUGGGCAUGUGCCUUCCGGGCUCGUUCCGCCACCUCUACCAAAGCCAGAUUGGCGAUUCGGCGCCAACCUCCCAUGCUGUCGACGACGAGGCGGCAUCCGACCCUUCCAUGAGGCCCCUUCAGCUGGAACCUUCGUUGGCGUUUACGACAAUGGAGCUGCGUCCCACUCAGACAGCCAGUGCCACAUCCACGCAUGGCAAGCCGUCCAUGUGGGUUGUGCCCACGGGCGGCAUCAUCCCCAAGAAAGUUGACCCGGGCUCGACCAUCGAGUACACAGUCACGGCUUUAUUGUAUGUGGCCGAUUUGAGCGCGCGAAGGCUGGUGCACAAGCAUGCGACCAGUUUUCGAGUGGUGGAGAACAUCUCGCCCGAGCUGCUCUACCGCGACCCAACAACCUACUCUGUGAGCAAGACCUUCUUGUUUGGAGGCAAGGCGCCGGCAACCCUGUCCGCGUCGCUCAAACAUGUGCACUUUUUGGACGCACCGAUUCCCAUCCAAAUCGAGGUUUCGAACGGCAGCAACCGGCAAAUCUCUGGCGUUCUCGUCUCUGUGCAUCAAUGCAUCCACUAUCAAGCCGCCGACUCGCAGGCCUAUCUCGACCAAGAUCUUGUCAUGUUCGUGUAUGCCGUUCCCAACUCGAGCGUCGACCCCCUAACCCUCCGAAACUUUGAUGUCGCCAUCCGCGUGCCAUCCAACCGACAGUGGAUGAGUGGUGCCGAUGUAUGCGGCAGCGUCGUAUCAAGCAGAUUGAUUCGCGUUACCUACAACAUUAUGGUCCGGCUUGCUGUUCAAGCCGGCAUGGAUGUUGAGCUCUCCUUCCCGGUUCACCUCGUGCAACGCACUCCAGGAAUCGUCGUCCUUCGAGACUGUCUUCACCAACCCAUUCCAAAAUACUCGUCCCAACCCAAACCGCUGGCCCAGCCGCUACCCAAAUCUGCAGCAGCUCCUGGCCCAGACACUUUGCAGCAGCCUCCACCUCCAGUACGAAGCAACAGCAUUUCUCGCAGUCCUGCACCAGCACAACCCUCCAGCGCCACCGCCUCGGCCACCACCAUCUCUUCAUCCACCGACAAGCUGACAUCUGUAUUAGCCGCCGCCGAUACCGUGCACUGGAACUAG